UUUGGGGAUCAAUAGGGGCCCUGUUGUAUUGAGCCUGUUUUCUUCAACUUAACUACACCAGUUAAAUUCUCAUGAGCGUUAGUCCUGAAACCCUGCACAUGAUUCCUCUCCAUGUCACCUCACAUGUUCAUCUUCAGUUUGUUUCAGUCGACAACUAUUUUUCCCCUUACAUCUCAAACAACAACGUGCUGCUGAUGAAACGAAGAAGCCCCACGCUCUGCUGAGCUGACAGGUUGCCAUGGUAACACUUGAGCGGUGGAGUUGUUCCUACGGAGCUGUUAGGAUCCUCCCGGUCACGUGGGGGCGCCUUCUCGAGCUCGACUCCAUCCUGUCCAGCAGCUCCGGUGCCUACGUCACCACAUUUCACCGAAUGCGAUGGAACAUCGUGGAAAAUCUUGAAGGUGGUCUCCAGAAACACCGCUAGAGAGACAGAUGCAAAAUGAGGGAAGCGGCUCUCCUGCUCGCAUCGUGCACGGUUCUGUGUCUCCUCCUGAGCCUCAGCGAUGCAGCCAGACAAGGACAGGACAUCAGAUGUGGAGCCUGCAGGGCUCUGGUAGAUGAGAUGGAGUGGGCCAUCUCCCAGAUAGAUCCGAAGAAAAUGAUCCAGACUGGAUCAUUCAGGAUCAACCCGGACGGCAGCCAGUCCAUCAGAGAGGUUCCUCUGGCUCGCUCAGAGGGAAACCUCUUGGAGCUGAUGGAGAUUGUGUGCGAACGGAUGGAGGACUAUGGCGAGCACACAGAUUCUUCAACAAACAGGAAGUCCUACGUGAGGAUCAAAUCCCGGAGCGGUGAGACCAUGGACCUCUCAGAGGCCACGCUGGAUUCAAGGGUUACAGCCAGUUUAAAAUUUUCAUGUGAAACCAUUGUUGAGCAGCAUGAAGAUGAAAUCAUUGAAUUCUUCGCUCAUGAGACCGAUAAUGUUAAAGACAAGCUCUGCAGCAAGAGGACAGACCUCUGCGACCACGCUCUGAAAAUGCCCCAUGAUGAACUUUGAUAUCACUUCGCCAUGGCUGCCAUCUCUCCCCAGCUGAGAUGGAGACACUGGGUGCUGUAAUGUUUUCAGUUGUCACUUAUCACCGGUUUAUGCCAUGGCAGUGGAUCAAGAUGUAUACAAAUCCUUAAAAUCUAUAUAAUAGAAAAUCCACAAACAAAACAAAAAGUGUUAUUCCUGUGACCAUGGAGAACUUAACGACCAUUUUAGCCACACCUCUUCUGUCACUUUUUUAUUAACUGUAAGUCAUUACUCUUUUCAAAUUUCUGUUUCUCAUACAAAGGCCCUUGUCCUCACCGGAUAAAACUGAAACUGUGAAAUUGCAAAAAUAAAGUCAGACUUAAAAAUAGAUGCAGGAUUUCUUACAACAUUAAUUGCAUAUUUCCAGUAAGAAUUCCACUUUAAAACAAGUACAUAGAGUUUACAUUGAAAUUUGGUCAAGUGGUCCUGAAGUCCAUAUUCAUGCAUAAUGAAAAAGUCUCUCCCAAAGCUAUGCAGAGGUGCUUUGACGCCACUACUCACUGACAACACGAGUGUCAUUACACUUUCAGUUUUAGCUUUAGUAGAGAGUUUUUAAUUCUCACCAAUAUUUAUGUAACAGUCCAUGAUCACAAGAAUAACUGGUGCUAGUUUUUUUGGGUUAUGAAAGAAGUUAUAAGGUACAUUACGUAAGAUCAAGAAUGAAGUUGAUUUCAGAUUUGAGUGGAAUUAGUUCCACUGUACGGCAAAUGAGAAAAUGUGCCUUUAUUGCCAAAAAAAUGUUUCCCAGGUAGCAUCACAGUACUCAAAGGACCAAUCAAUCCCAUUUAUCAUCAGUAGAAGAACCUCAGUAUUUUUAUUGCUGUUGUGAAAUUAAUUAGUUAAUCAACUGAUCACACAUUUUCCACUAGAGAAAUUUACAACUGAAGAUUAAUUGAAAGACGCAGCUGUCAAAAAAAAAAAGAAAAUUAAAGAAUGACAAACUCUUAAGUUGUGAAAAACUUCAUCCACUGUUUUGUGUGAAAUUAUGAAUUCCAACUUGACUUGGUAGCUUCUUGUGUGCUGAACACUUUAAAACACUCCCAGGGACUUAUUUUAUCUCAAUUAUUUACAUGGUAAAUGGCUGUAGAUCAAGACAUGAACUAUUGGGGUCUGCUGAGGUUUCAAAGUAAAUUCAAUUCUGACAACAAAGUACUGAUUUGUAAAAGGGCUGUUAUGUUGCAAAUGGUAUGGGUUAAUAGUAAUAGUAAUUAUGUCUGUUAAAAAUUGUUUUCCCUCCAUGGUGCCAUUCAAAUCCAGAAAGGAAAAUGUCAUAUUAAAUAAAAAAGCAUAAAAUAAGAAUUAGAUAUUUGGUCAGUAAUAGCUUCAGGAGCUGGCUAGUGGCAUGUCUUAUUUUUUAUUAAACACUAUCAAAACCAGCUGCAAUCCCCUUGUAUUAUGACAUUUAAAGAGUGUUUCGUUUUUACUUCUGAGUCUCAAGAGUAGAGUGAAGUUUUCUUUAGUCUAGUAAAACCAAACUAAUUUAUUUCCACUAGAGUGUGCUGUUGUCCACAAUCUGAUUGUGAAGUCCUAAGCAUCAUACUCAGCUGGAAAAUCCUCAUGCUGUACUGUCACUAUAGAAAGGCCAGGAGCUAUAUUUGGUAUCAUUUAUUUUACAAUGUGUGAAAAAAAUGAACUUACUGUCUCAUGUGAACAUUCUCUUGAAAUUUCCUUUUUUAUAUAUAAAUUUUGUAAGUUUUC